AAAAAAGUCGUCCACACUGUUGUGGAAUAUACAAUAUGGUGUAUUAUCAUGUCAGUGAAGCAGAUCAGCAAACCCUCAAAGGACAAAAAAGAUGACAAAUAUGGUCAGAUUGGAAAAGAAAUACUUAGGAGACAUACACAGAGACAACCUUAAGGGGAAAUAUGAAUUAUACUGUCACUAGUAACUGUUUGAACAGGCAUCUGUGUGUCCAAAAUAUGUUGUUUAUCGGUAUAGAUGUUCAGACACAAAACCAAAGAUCAUGUGGAACCCUUUAAUCCUAUAUAACUAGACAUUUGCAACACUUACCAUAAAUUUAUGCAUCUCACUGCAUUAUUCCAGUUCUUGGAACAGUGCACAUACUUCUUGUGCUUCUACCAGAGACUGAUUUAAUGGUUUAAGUUAUUUAAUGUUCCAUCCAUCAGAUUUUAAUUGAAAGCUAAUUGCAACAAUCUAAAGCAAGAGUUAAUGUUUGUAACAUCAUAAAAGACACAGAGACAAGGAAAGAGGGAAUAAUAAUAAUAGGUCACGACGUAAAUUAUAUAUAAAAAAUCCUCAUAUUGCCUGUUUUACAUUUCUGUUUGCAUUAUAUUUCCCAGCGGAUGAAAACAUUGACAGUCAAUCAGAAUCCAACCGAUUAUAAAAGAGCUGCAGAGCUUUAUGCGUGCGUUGGUUUGGACGCUAAUAUAGUUAUUUAAAAUGAUUAAAACAGUGAGUAAAGGGGUAAAUGGCAGGAUUUAUAUUUUAAAUGAACAAUCAUUUAAUCUUUACCAGCUGUUUUAUUUUUAGCCAGUUUCUAUAUCGAAUUAACAUUAAACUUUUGUCUAACAAUGACUUUUAUUUUGACACUUAAGACCAAAUAACAAACUCCGGAAGUUUUCUCCGGAAGUCCUCGCUGAGUGCAGAGAGUUGUAUCUGCAGAUACUUGUACCUCUAAUAACAGGUUUAUUUCAUUGAAAGGAACCGUAUGAAUUCAAUUUGUGAUCUUUGCUGUGGAGACUUCUCAGUGCCGCUUUUGCUGCGAAUGAAGUGACCAAUUUUGGGUAUAUGACAACAUUUGUUUUUAGUUUUGGUUUACGCUUCCUGUUCUUGUUUGUCAGCUAAAUGAUUGUUGGUCGUUCUUAACGACAAAUCCACAAAAUUCACCAUGGUAACAAUAAUUUCCUACAAAAUACCUUCAGUUAACACUGUAGAAAUAUUUAAUACGUUUAUACAGCAUCGUUUUUUAAAAGUGUUGAAGUCUUAUACAGUCUCUCUGUCAUUUCGUUUAUUUAAAUAAGCUGUGUAAAGUUCAGAAACCCGUAUUAUUAGAGACACCGGCGGCCGUUAAGUGAACUGCACCCAGCAACGUGUACUGUUGUGCAACAAUGUGCACAGGUUCAAACUCUUCUGUGAUUCAGAAUGUCCUGCAUGGAGAACAUUGUUGUUUACAUUCCCAAAGGAACGUGUGUCAAAAACAUCCCCGUGCAGUCCCUGUCCAGCUCCACGGCCAGGAAGAUCCGUGUCGCUCUGUCUCAGCAUGAAUCAGAGAAACAGAUGCCGCAGACAGUGACGUGGAUCUGUCCGGUUGAGCUGCGGGAAAAAGAAGUGGCCCUGGGCAAGGACAGCAGAGCAACACUUCCCCACAGGCCGCUGGUCACCAAAAUAACUCCAGGCCAGUUUUUGCUGCCUGUUGUGAGUUCCAGCAUCACUGCCUUUAAGGUCUUAAAAGCGAUUUUAAAAACGCAUAAGCCUAAAAUACAGUUUUCGGGGCAGGAGACUGAAGUGGCCUCUCAGCCCAGCAUCAGGGAUUCAGUUGAGCGAAAUGCCAUCAUUGUGUUUAAUGGUCAGAUCUUCCUCUCAGUGAGGAAGUCACGUUGCAGGCAAGUGAGACUGCAAAACUCUCCCUCAGCACCUUCAGGUGUGUGUCCGGUUUCUCCCAGUCAACAGCACCAGAUAAACACUGCAUCUAGCUGUCAGGCACAACCACUCCCGGACACUUCACCCAGAUCACAACAGAGCAAGAAAAGUGAGGCACCCUCAGAGUCCAGGGCAACAAGUAGCCCACCCAAACCUCCUGAGGAUCUGGAGUCUAUUCAGGAGCCCAGUAUCCUCCAGCAGUCCCAGAUCAUCCAUUCAUCAUCUGCCGUCUCACCUAGUUGUCAGGCACAACCACUCCCGGACACUUCACCCAGAUCACAACAGAGCAAGACUCAGGAUGGUCAGGCUCCAGUUACAGAUCUUGACACUAUCCCACACAUUUCACCAAAAUUGCACGAAGUCUCUGAAGAAAUGCCUGAGCAAAGCUGUAUGGGCAAAGAGUGUCAAAAGGAAGGUGAGGAACCCUCAGAGUCCAGGGCAGCGAGUAGCCUACCCAAACCUCCUGAGGAUCUGGAGUCUAUCCAGGAGCCCAACAUCCAGUCCCAGAUCAUCCACGCAUCAUCUACCGUCUCAGACCAGCCCGAAGCAGCAGGUGGAGAAAGAGAGACAUACGAGGAUGACAAUGAGCGUUUAGAGGCCGCUCUUCUCCCCAGAGCUGAGAGCUUUCUUGAAUUUGAUUUUGAACAGUUGGCCCAUGAAGAGAAAAUUAACAACCUACGAGCUCGGCUGAGAAAGAAGGAAGCCGCCCUCGGCACCUUUAAUUCAAAGCCGAUGGAUCAGAUUUAGAGGAUCAGACUUGCCAAAGAUGUCUGUUCAAGUGGUGUAAAAGUUCUUCAUGCAUAGUUUCAUUUGAGCAGCAGAAGAAAUGUUUAAACUUUGGUUAGGUUUAUUAAUUUAAUUGUUCAUUAUUUGAUGGCACAAAUAUUGUCAUUUAAAUAAAAUAAUAAUGGCAAAAAAAAAAAAAAAAAAAAAUGCCAGAGCAAUAAAUGCAAUGAAUAAUUUAGCAGAGUUUGCUUUUGCGCAGGUAUCAGAAUAUCUGUUUGAUUUAAAGUUAAAUAUAAUUCAUUGAGUCAGUUGGUUCAUUUAUUGGUUCAUAAUUCAAAUAAAAAAGGUUUUGUGUCA